CCAAUCCAAUCCAUCUUCUUCCCCAGCAUUGCCUUCUCUUCUAGCUGAAGCAAGUUCGAGUGUGCUGAGAUGAGCAUGGCGGCGACGGCGUCCACGGCGUGGCCAUCGACCUCCUCCUCCGUCCUCGCCCCGCACACCCACCACGCCACUCCCCGGACCUGCCAGCUCCGUUCGGGCUUCCUCGGCCGCGCACUCACCGUGGCCCCGCGCCAGGUGGCCGCCGGCAGCGACCGCGCCGCCGUCUCCGCCGCAGCCGUGUCCGUGCGCGCCGCCUGGGACGGGCCCCUCUCCUCCGCGCGCCUCAUCAUGCAGGGCCGGAACGUCAAGCUGACGGAGAAGCUCAAGGAGCACAUCGAGGACAAGGUGGGCCGCGCGGUGGUGAAGCACAGCCACCUGGUGCGCGAGGUGGACGUGCGCCUCUCGGCCCGCGGCGGCGACCUGGGCCGCGGCCCCAAGGCGUCCCGCUGCGAGAUCACGCUCUUCACCCGCCGCCACGGCGUGGUGCGCGCCGAGGAGGAGGAGGAGUCCAGCUACGCCAGCAUCGACGUCGCCGCCGGGAUCAUCAAGCGCAAGCUCAGAAAGAUCAAGGAGAAGGAGACGGACGUGCGGCACCUGAAAGGGACCAAGGAGUGGCAGGCCGCGGAUGGGGCCGCCGCCUUCUCCUCCGACUCUGAUGUGGAGGAGGUGGUAAUGGAGGAUGAUGAUGACCUGGUGGAGGUCAUCGGCGCCGAGGACGAGGAGACCGUGCUCACCAAGGUGGUGCGCACCAAGGUGUUCGAGAUGGCGCCGCUGACGGUGGACGAGGCGCUGGAGCAGCUCGAGAACGUCGACCACGAUUUCUACGCCUUUAGGAAUGAGCAGACAGGGGAGGUGAACAUCCUGUACAAGAGGAAGGAGGGAGGCUUCGGGCUCAUCAUCCCCAAGCAGGACGGCCACGUUGACAAGGAGACCGUCGCCAAGGCGAACGGCAAGGAGCAAUCCAUCGCCGGCUGACUUGACCGUUUCGCCUCGCUAAGUCACUAGCUGUAGCUUUGUAGUUCGUCUGUUUUCCUCUCUGAUGGAUGGAUGGAUGUCUGUCGGCUGCUGAUGUUUCCAUCAGACAAAAUGUCCAAGUGAAACCGAGACCUUGUGCUGUGCAAGUUUAACAUUUCUGUUAUGAUCCCCCACCACUUUCUAA